AUGUCCCCCACAGAAUACGAACACUCAGUCCACCCGAUCAUCCAGAAUGCGCUGCGCGUGUCUCUGAGCGCUAAGGAGUACAAGUUCCUGCACGAGCGCAUCACCAAGCGAUCGGCUGCUGUGGAGCGUGCUCUGCCGACGCCAGCCAAAUAUGAAGCCAUCAUCCACACGAAAAACAAGUACAAUAUCGCUGCAGUACGGGCCUCGCUGCGGGUGUUCCUCACACUGAGUGGCGGUCUCUCUCUGGCUGAGCUCGUCGGCGCAAAGAUCAAGAAGGAGGGUUCAAAGGAGAAAACUCGCACCGCUUUAAUCAAAUCCCCCAAUUUCAGACUCGCAUUGUCAUUUUCUCUGCUCCUGCUGGUCCACCGAGUCUUGUACCGUUUCUUUGUGCGGUUACGCGCGAAUCUGCGUACAGAAGAUGCGAAGCCGUUCCGAGAUCGUAAUCCUCGCAUUUCACAAGCACUGACGUCGAGAUAUGCGCCCGUCGUGGGAGCCAGUCUGGCCGGGCUUGCAUUGGGGAUUUGUCCGGCAGGCCGAAUUCGCAUCACGAUCGCCAUCUAUACGGCGACGCGGAGUCUGGAGUUCCUAUAUAAUGCGUUGGAUGAGAAGGGGUAUUUGGAGAAGAAGCCAUGGUGGUUUGGCAGUUGGCUGCUGAUGCCGAUAUCUUGCGCGCAACUGUUCCACGCAUUUGUGUUUGAUCGAGAGACGAUUCCGGGGUAUUUUGGUUCCUUAAUCCUGAAAUUCUCGCCGAGUUAUAUCCCAGGCCCGCCGGAGCGGUUUCCAGAUAGCCUGCAGUGGCCAGACAAGAAUAAUAUUGUCGACUCACUUGGCUCCAUUGCCGAUCUCAAGUGGCCGGCAUUUAUCUCGCCAAUCCUCCACCCUAACAACCCUAACCCCCUUCCCGCCAAGCUCCAGUCCAUCUCACCAAUAACGUCUCCAGCACACCCAGGCAUCGCGUCCUUAUCGUGUGCACUGCUUCACCCCGCCACCCCAAGCUGCAGCACGGCGUUCCUCCACCACCUCCUCAACUCUGUCCCCGCAAUCGUGCGCACCAUGACAAUAGCGCUACUCGCCUACUCGGCGGCCAGCUACAAGAAGGUCCUCGCCAACCCCAUAACCACGACCAACCUUGCCUCCAAACGCAUCCUCAGUCUGACCGCCAUCCUCUCGACCUCCUUCGGGUCUCUCUGGGCAAGCAUCUGCCUGCUCAAUAGCCUCCUGCCCAAAUCCACCUUACCCACCAAACGAUUCUUCAUCAGCGGCGCGAUCGCCGGCCUCCCGUACGCCUUCGUCAGCCAGGGCCGUCUCAUCUUCACCAACAUCUUCCGCUCCGCGGUCUACUCUGCGUGGGCGACGGGCGUGAAGCGCGGGCUGUGGCGGGAGUGGAAGGGCGGCGAGUUGGGUCUGGUUGUGCUGUCGUGGGCGUUGAUUGGCGCCGUGCUCGAGUCGUCGCCGCAGGCUGUCCAGGGCGCUGGGAUCCGCAAGGCGCUGUUGUGGCUGCGCGGAGACGGGUUUGCGGAUCCGUCGCGGAAGAAGAGGGCCAAGGAGAAGGACGACGAGGUUCAGCAGGAUUCUACGACGCUGUGA